UGACUGUGGAAAAUCAACAUUUUGCCAUGGCUUUAAGUUUAAAAAAUUGUUAUUGUUUAAAAAUGCUAUUAAUAAACUAAUGAAUGAAUGUGUAAAAUGUGAGGAAACCCCUGAGAAAAAUAUUUGAAUCCUCUAACUAUGUUCACGCCAUAGUCUAUAGAAGAAAUAACAAUAACAAUCAUAACAUUCCUUGAGUUCCGUUUCAAUAAACAGUUUGUCGAGAUAAGGACUGCUAGCUAGACAGAGAUUUAUCCCUAAAAUGUUUCUUAUCGCUGGUCCACAUUUGUUCGGAUCAGUAAAUUGAGUGCCGUUUGUGUGUUUUGUCUGCGCGUGAGGGGCGUGGACGCGUCCUGCCCUGAGCGCACAGUGCGCGUACAGCAGGCGCCACACACAGCAGUGCGCGCCGCGCAACUCCAAAACAAAAAAAAAUGGGGCUUGAAAAAGAAAAAAUGGAAACCAGUGUCAUUAUGGAUGAGGAUGAAUUCAAUAGAUCGAUUGAACCUAUACUUGGAAAAAAACCGAACGUGUAUUCAGAAGUCCCGGACAGAGAUCCUAAAGAUAUUAACGCGCACCUAAAGGUUGGUUUUGAAGACAUCAUUGCUGAGCCCAUCUCCACGCACAGCUUUGACAGAGUGUGGAUCGGCAGUCACGCUGUGUUUGAGCUGGUGAAAUUCAUCAUCUACCGGAUCCUCACCACGUUUCUGGCCAUUCCCAUGGCAUUCAUUGCGGGGAUUGUUUUUGGGAUCCUCAGCUGUAUACAUAUUUGGGUGGUGAUGCCAGUGAUCCAGGGCUGCAUGAUGACACUGCCCUCCAUCCACGUGAUCUGGACCAGCCUGAUGGACAUGUUUAUAGGGCCGUUCUUCUUCAGCAUUGGACGGUGCUUGUCGUCCAUCGAUGUUAAGACUGUGCAAAACUGAGCAAAUCCAACUCCGCAUAGAAGAGUUGCAGAUUCUCUUUGUCACGAUGUUUUGGCCACUUUUUGGAGGGUUAUUAGCUGAAGGAUCAUUUAUCCUUGACUUCUGAAGCACAGAGAAGAGAAUGAAGUUUUCUUUCAUUGCAAUGCACAGUUGCAAUAUUCAUUCCGUUGUUUCGGCUCUGACGUGUCAGCCUCGUAAUGGGCGGCGUCAGUGCUGACAUGCUUUUUCAGUACUGUUAUGUAAGUCUAAUUAAGCUUUUGUGUUAUAUAUAAUGCAAGACUUUUCAAAGAUUCUAAUGAAAUGAUUGAGAUUUUAGCCUUCAAGGAGUAGUUAACCCAAAAAUGAAUAUUUGCUGAAAAUGAAAUCACCCCCAGGCUGUCCGAGAUGUAGAUGAAUUUGUUUCUUCAUGAGAAAUUUAGGAUUACAUCACUUGCUCACCAAUGGAUCCUCUGCAGUGAAUGGGUGCCGUCAGAAUGAGAGUCCAAACAGCUGAUAAAAACAUCUCAAUAAUGCACAAGUAAUCCACCCGAUUCCAGCCCAGUCUUGUGAAGUGAAAAGCUGUGUUUAUAAUAAAUAAAUUCAUUAUUAAGACAUUUUUUACCUUCAAACAGUUGCUUCCGGGCUAAAGUAUGAGACCAUAAUCCAUAGUAUUGCUUCUUCAGUGAAAAAAAAAAAAAAAAGGAAUUAUUAAAGAAGACUGAAGUUUUGUGGAUUAUUAUGGUUUUUAUCAGCUGUUUAGACUGUCAUUCUGAUGGCACCCAUUCACUACAGGGGAUCCAUUAGUGAGCAAGUAGUAACGCUAAAUUUCAUUUACAUCUUUGAUUGCCUGAGAGUGAGUAAAGUGUCAGCAAAUGUUCAUUUUAGGAUGAACUAUUACUUUAAGAUAUUGUGCUACUACAUGAUAUAUAAUAUUGCAAUAAUCGCUUGUGCUUGUAAGGAAAAAAUGAUGCAACUACUUCCAAUAGGGCUGUAGUGUUUCUGAGUUAAUAUUUAUAUUGUUUGGAGAUGAUUUAUCAAGAAGAGUAAAUUAAAUGAUUUGAUAGCUUUUCAGUGUAUAAACUAUUUAUGGUUUUUAUGUACAUUCCUAUAUUAUAAAGAGCGUUUCUAUAUAAAUAGAACACAUUUUCUUCUGUAUUAAUGACUUGUUUUUCUAAUGAUAAAAAAAGCACCCAAAUGGCGAUUAGUUUUACUUGCAAAACCACAUUUGACAUGCUGUUUGCCAUUGAUUGUGCUUUGUUAGUGGCUCCGCAGAGUAAAUGGAAUAUUUGACUGUGCAAUGGAACAUUAGAGGCUCAGGUGCCGUUUCCUUGCCCCUGUUGAAUGAUGUCAUGUAGCAAACAUGCUGAACACAGCUCCGCUUAUGAACGACAUAACUAAAUGUCUCUCAGUUCAGCAAAUAAAAUUAUUUUUGGAAAUUAAAGGAUGGAUUGUUUUCUUUGCUCAGAGACCAUACCACAGAGAUCAGUGUGUGUGGCACGUGGAAUGUUAACCUGACAAGAUUUAACAUCUUACGCAAUGAGAAAAGUCCUCAGGUGACAUGUUCAAUGCAGCAGAUAUGCCUGAGGAUAACGGUGAACCUGCAUAAAGUGUAUGUUUUUGUAGAAGGAUCUAAGUUUUCUGUUGAGCUCUUAACAGCUAGAUUUUAUUAAAUGUUUCAUUACGCAUAUUGACUUUGAAGAAUAAUAGGUUUACUAUAAAAAUUGUUGCAUUUACCUGAGAUACAGUGAGAGGGACCUUACCUCUGUUGUAGUUUUUGCAUAUUUUGCAUUGCCUGUCACAUCCCUCACUUUGCCAGGACCUGACCUAGAUACACAAAUACUUGUAAAUGUACAUUAAAAAAUAUAGAUAAGUAAAGUAGACGAAAGCCUAAAUUGGACAAAUAUGAGAAAAACAAGACUGUGCAGUGUUAGCCUGCUGUUGUUGAAAACAUUCCAAACUAAGUGCAAGUCUUGCCUUGAGGUACAUUUCGGUAUGCAAACCGAAUAGUCACAUUUCAGGUUUAUACUCCUCAAGUUAUGUAUGAAUUUCCAUACAGAACCAAAACUUUUCUUGGUU